AUGUUCCGAGACUUCGGGGAACCCGGACCGAGCUCCGGCGCCGGCGGCACGUACGGCGGCCCCGCGCAGCCCCCCGCUGCGGCGCAGGCGGCUGCGCAGCAGAAGUUCCACCUCGUGCCAAGCCUCAACGCCGUGAGUGGCAGUCAGGAGCUGCAGUGGAUGGUGCAGCCUCACUUCCUGGGGCCCAGCAACUACCCCAGGCCUCUGGCCUACCCCCAGUACAGUCCCCCACAGCCCCGGCCAGGAGUCAUCCGGGCCCUGGGGCCACCUCCAGGGGUACGGCACAGGCCCUGCGAACAGGGUCCUACCGCGGGACCACCGUGGGGGAGUGCCGGGCAGCCCGCGGCGCAGGGUCCGCCUCACUGCCGACCCUCGGUCCCCCAGAUCAGCCCCGAGGAGGAGGAGCGCCGCCGAGUGAGGCGCGAGCGGAACAAGCUAGCCGCCGCCAAGUGCCGGAACCGGAGGAAGGAACUCACCGACUUCCUGCAGGCGGAGACCGACAAACUGGAGGGUGAGAAGUCCGGGCUGCAGCGAGAGAUUGAGGAGCUGCAGAAGCAGAAGGAGCGCCUGGAGCUAGUGCUCGAAGCCCACCGCCCCAUCUGCAAAAUCCCGGAAGGGGCCGAGGAGGGGGCCACCGGCGGUCCCAGUGGCACCAGCGGCACCAGCAGCCCACCCGCCCCCUCCCGUUCUGUGCCUUGUAUCUCCCUUUCCCCGGGGCCGGUGCUCGAGCCCGAGGCGUUGCACACCCCCACGCUCAUGACCACACCCUCCCUGACCCCAUUCACCCCUAGUCUGGUCUUCACCUACCCCAGCACCCCUGAGCCCUGCUCCUCCGCCCAUCGAAGGAGUAGCAGCAGCAGCGGGGACCCCUCCUCUGACCCUCUUGGCUCCCCCACCCUCCUAGCCUUGUGAAGUGCUCUAGCCCCCCUCUCUGCCGGAGCCACCCUAGCCCAACAUUCUGCCUCCCCCAUUGGUCCAGCUGGCCUGGACCAUACCCCACGUCCUACACCUGCAGGUUUUGUGCUUUUCCAUCCCUCCUGAUGAGACUGAGAAUAUUCUGCUUUCCGGAAGAGCCAGCUUGGGGCCACCAAAGCUGCCUGCCGGUUCUCUAUAGAGCUGGCCCCUCUGGCACAAUUUGCACUAAAUCAGAGACAAAAUAUUUCCCGUUUGUGCCACAGAGACCUCCGGGCGGCCCCCAAAAGACUUUGUAAAGCCCUAGAGGACCUCUGGAGCCCCAGAUGCACCCCCACAGUCUCCAUCACCCUCUUCCUGUGAUCCACUCCACCCCCCCCCCGACAGAAGGUGCCAUCUACCAGCCCAGAACACUAACUCACCCAGCCCCACUGCCAGCAGCACCAGGUGAUUGGACCAGGUUAUCCUGCCGGCCCCUCCUGAUCGGCACAGCCCAGGAGGGUGUCACAGGCUCCGGUGAUGAGCUGACCUACAGUCCCCAGCUUUGAGGGGCCUUUAGCUCCAGGGAAUCCAUGCCCCCACAGCGAGGGCAGCUGCUAUUUAUUUUCCUAAAAAGAAUAUUUUUGUAUAAA